ACCCACGUAUGGUGAUAUGGUUGUUGCCUUUUCAUCUCUCUCUCACUCACACACACACACACACACACUGAUGAUUGAUCACACACUAUUACUAUUGGCAACACGGAUCUCGUAGGAAGCACAAUCUCACACUUAUGUUCAAAUUUGAUUUGAUUUUAGACAUUCCUUGCAAUUAUUGAAAUUAAUUUGUAUGCGUAUGUUGAGGAGCAGGAGUAAUUUUCGAUGAAGUUUUUCAAAUGUGAAGCUUCCAUAGUUUUUCCACAAGUUUUUCCUCACCAGGCAUCAUGUAAUCAAUUUUAUUCCAGGAGAAGCUUAAGAGUUUCCAAUUGUAGUGAUGAGAACUUUUCAGAGUUAAAUGUCAAAAGAGCUAAAUUAACCGCUAGGAAGCAGGAUCGAGUCAAGAUUCCAUGCUACGACCUCGUAGGAGGAAGAGGGGAAAAGAUAUAUCCUAUUAGGGAAUUUCUAAGCCAUCCAUCUGGUAUUGAAGCACUUCUUAAUACACGUGCCCUGCAAAGUUUUGAACAAAUCGAUUCUACCACUUACAGGUGCACUCUGCCACAACUGAAUUUCCUAAAGUUCGAAGUCUCUCCUGUGAUAGACUUACGUGUGACCCCAACAAAUGAAGAUUGCAUGGUAGAGUUGUUAUCUUGCAAGUUUGAGGGCUCUGAAGUCAUGAAACGGCAAAACGAACAUUUUUCAGCGGAAAUGACAAAUUACAUUACUUGGUGCACAAAUAAUUCUGAACCAUAUCUGGAUGUUGACGUGAAGCUGAACCUCACUCUAGAGAUAUACACCCGACCAUUUAGCUUGCUGCCAACAUCAGCUGUGGAGGCUCCAGGCACUUUAAUGAUGCAAGCUUUAGUUGACAGACUUGUACCACUGCUACUGCAACAGUUGAUACAAGAUUACGGGCAAUGGGUAACACAGAACCCUGAAUGGAGUCUCGUGCUACCAGAUGCUUAAUAUUCACAAUGGAAUUUCCCUCCUCCAGGUACCGCUUGUAAGUAAUUCCUGAAAAUUUCCAUAAAUUUAGCAUCCCUGCAUUGUAAUAGGACUUGUGUGGGUGCAAGUGUGAGUGCAACAACCAAGUACUUUCAGCUGUGUUAUACAUAGGCCAUGUAGAUCUUGCUUCCAGACCUGGGUAAAAACUGUUCAGGAACCAUGAUUUCAGUUUUUUAUUAGGAAUUGUAUCAAAGAUAGGAGGCAAUGCAUCAAAACUACUCUUACCAGGUGGUCAUCUAUAUCUACUUGUAUCUUGUUACAUUAAUUCGUUGAAUUUGUUGCACAUUUCCGGAUC